UAGAUCGUUCAAAGCUUUGAAGUAAUUGUACGUGUUUGGAUUUUAGAUUUUGUUAACGGAUAAACUUGUAAAGUUGCUUGUUAUGUUGAGUAAAGACUUUGAUUUAGCUGUCCGGAACAUAAAUGUUAGUUCUAAACAAAUGUGAGGAAUCUGGAUUUAAAUGUAGUAACAUAUACAUAGAGAAAAGAUAUUAAGAAAAAUCCAACGAACCUACGAGCUAACUCAACAAAUGGAAAGGCGAUAGAGAAAAACAGCUAGAAGUGUCGUCGGUUAUAACCAAGGGUGGUUUCAGCGAUUAGUAAACAUCAUUAAUAGAAAUAAAAACAAGUGUAGAAAUAAAAGAAUACGAGCACAAACAAACGAACGGAAUACUUGUGAAAACGGCGUAACUCUCUCAAGACAAACUUGAUUAUUUGUAAAUAGUCUGCGUGAUCGAUUUUUUGCUUAUAAUUGUGAUCAGGUAACGUAGAAAUUGGUGAAGGAAUUGUUCAUUUAUUAAUUCAAGAAAAUUGCCUGGUAUGCAAGUAUUAAUGCACAAAAUUGUGCGUGUUUCGGAAUUAAAAAGCAGUUUGUUAAUAUGCAUCUAUCAGAAAUAAGAAUGUGGAAUCAUGUAAUGUGUAAGUAUUAAAACUGUGCGCAUAAGACGAGCAAUCAACAUUACAAUUGCCCUUGAAGGAAAUGUUUUUUUUUGAAGAUUGUAGACUGGUGAAAACUUUCGGUACACAGAACCAGUAUUAGUUUGUCAACGUCUCUUGGAUGUGAACUUUAUUUAAUUCUAACGGAAUAUAAACCGGAUAAUUGCUCUUGAAGUGUUGAGGACGAUGGUCUUAUUCAAUAUAUAGCAGACUUACACGUCUGCCGUUGUUUCCCGCGUUGUUAGAGGACCGGAAGUGAAGGAAAGGCUAACAUGGGUUGUGGAGCGUCCAUCACUCAAGGGAUUCAUCCCAGCAUAUACAACGAGACGAUACUCAAACAGAAGCGCGCCAAUGGCGAGGUGGAGGCCCGCCCAGUCAAGGCGGACAAUCCAAACCAUCUGAAGGGCGACUACAGUCAGUUCCAGGUGGCCAAACAUUUCAGGGAGAAGCAGCACAAAGAGCGGUCUAUCAAACUGUUUUUGGCUGCUGACGAAAUGUCCGGCAAGCUUCUCGAGGAGCGCGAGAUGUUGUCGCUGGGCACGAGAUCACGUGGUACAUCCAGAAACACGUCGCGUGCUACCUCGCCAACACCUACCAAUAGACGCUCAGUUCAGUUCAAGGAAGAGGUCCAGCAGCCGCCAAUGACGCCGGUAGUCGAGGUGACCAGUAGGGGCUCCUUCCGGAGUCGAGAAGAUGAUAAUGAUGAUAUAGAUGAACAAAACGAACAAGUUAUCGAGAAGCAAAAGCGGAAACAAAAGAAAGUAAAAACUAAAACAAAGACCAAAAAGAAGAAAACAAAGACGUCUAAGAAGACAAAGAAAACAAAGAAAGGGCGGAGAGAAAAACAAACCGAGGGAAGUGAUGAUGAAACAGAUGAUGACUCAGGUUUAGAAGAAGACAGUUUUGACGAUAAUAAAGAAAAUGAGAUUAUUGACAUAAUAGCAACUACUAACAAUAUUGUUGACGAACAAUCAAAAGAUCGCGGUAAAAAGAAGACAAUCCUUAAACGGAAUAUAAACAGUGUUGAACCGAAAGACAUGACUCAGGAAGCAGAAAGACCAAGGUAUAGUGACAUAACCGAUGGUCGCGGAAGUGAUCAACAUCAUGUAAGAGUGAAACCUGCUCACUCGUCCUCAAAAGACUCUGGCAUUCAUGACUUUGAUGGUGCUUUUGCCUCUGGAAUGAACAACGUGGCCGUUUCACAAUCAGCGGACCGUCCUGACUCUAGACUCUAAAUAGUUCGCAAUCAUUAUACUCAAGUUCGUUAUACAAAUAACGAAGCUAUGAUAAACCAAAGUUGAGCAUCAUCGGCGUUGGUUGAGGCUACUGACAUCCUGUUGACCUAACUGAUAUGAGCUUAUAUUGAUCUGCUGGAAAGUCUGUGAUAUGUUUUACUCAGUGAUUGUCCGUAUUAUAACUUUAAACAUGCUAUAUAAUGCGUACUGAUAUUAUUAGUUUUACAUUGUACAUAUGUUUUAUAUUUUAUAUUAGAUUUGUCAAGGGUUAUAAGUGAAAGAUAAAUUUGAGGUAUUCUUCAGGUUCAUCUAACAAUAGCGCAUAUGAGCUGCAUCGUCGCUUUAUUGCUAUAGUGCUCUAUCUCCAUUAUUUUCAAAAAUGAGUUUUUUUUUAAUCGCUGUGUGGGUAAAAACGACAUCUUUAAUAUGACGUAAUAGGAUUCAAAAUUCAGUGUUCACAGAAGAAGUUUUUUUAUUCCAUUUUGCUCUAUCUCCCACAUUUUUACAAACGGGUGAAUGCUGUACUGCACCACCUCCGGGACUAGAAUAUUUUUAAAGACGAUUUGUUUACCAGAAUGCUCUAUCUCAUACAUAAAAUUGCAAAUUACAUAAAUAUAUAGUUUACUAAAGUAAAUAUUUGAUAAAUAUUAAUUAUAUUUAAUUAUGUUCAUAUUCUCUGAUUGCUGAUAAACACUCCGGUAUAUUUUUGUCCAUAUACGUGCAUAAAUAAGUGAGAAAAUAAAGGUUAAACCUUUAAAUGCGUUUCUCUCCAAAAAUGAAAAUGGUAGUUAGAGCACUAAAGCAAAAAAGCGACGAUAUUAUGGUAAACUGAGCUGGAAACAUGGACGCAAAGUGUAAUCCAAAAUUAGCUUUUGCAGUGAGGUUUAACAACGUGAACAGAUUCCGCUUUUAUGGAAUUCUCGUUUAAAUGAAGUCUCUUCUUUCCGAAAUUUCAGUUAAGGCGGAAAAUUACAUCCCUUAUAAGAUUGUGCAAUCUGCACAGGCUAAUCUGGGAUAUCAUUUAAAGCGCAUGCCUUUAGCACAGUUUUCCAAGAGUUCUGUAUUCUGAUAAUAUUUUCCACCCUUUCAAAGGAUGGAGUCCUGUAAAGUUAAAACUCCCGUUCCAAUGAUGUUUUAAAAACCAACUUUACCGAAAUCGUUUUUAUGGGCAUCAAGUAGAGCUAUAAUAAAUAGGAAAUCGGUACGGUACUGUACAACGCCCCGAAAUAUUUUUGAUCUGCUGAAACUUUUUAAGAAACGUCGUAUUCAUGUAAUUGUUCAAUCCCAUUAGAGUUGUUUUGCUAUAUUUCUUUAGAUAAUAAUAUGUACAUAGUCAACGAAUACAGUGUAUACUACAAUGUUAAUAUUGUUUUUAUUUAAUUUCUAAUGACUUUAAAUCCUGUUAUAAAAUUGUAGUAAUGCCAUUACAGUUACUAGCAUUCAUUGAUAAUAACACUUGUGUAACUGGUGUCAUUAAAUGAGUGUACGUUAUGUAAUGACAACUUGCUAUUGACAUCCUGCAAUAUGUAUGCAUACAUAAUAAUUUUGAAAGUUAGAAGGGUAGAAGUGCUUUCUUUUUUAUUGAUCAGUGUUUCGAACGUCCGUCUGUUAUGUUUGUAUCGUUAUAUGUUAACAAAACAUCUGAUAUUAAAUUGACUUUGUUAAUCGAUGAUUAAUUAUUUUGCAACUUUUUGAAUUUUCUAUAUUUAUAUCAAAUUGACUUAUACUUUCAGUAUGAUUUGCGGAAACAAGAGCUGAAUUUGAAAUAUUUAGCCAUUUCUGCAAUGGAUCAUCUGUUGAAUUCACGAAUAAAGUCUUAACGACUGAUGAAGUUCAAAUACUUAUAAUUUGAAAACACACGUUAGACGUCUUAUCUCUGCACAAUUAUAAAAUAAUUAUUUUGCCACACGUUCGGAUUUAUCAUAUUUACUUAGUGUGCCAGUUGACUUUUAUUACGUUUUCGAUUAAUUUAUUUUCGUGAUUAUCGGUGGCAGAACCUUAUUUUAUUGUUAAGUAAACCAAACAAUGGACAGAGAACUCAAUUAAUUCAAUGAAAGCUUUAGACAUUACCAAAUUGUUUGACAUUGGUUAUAAUAUUAUCAACAUCGCUCGAGCCUUAACCAAUCAGAUCAUUAUAGGUGCAUUUGUGUCUUUAUAGUCCGCCAUUUUCAACGAACGCGGAAUUCGCAAUGCAACAAAAAUUGGUUUAAACAUGGUUUAAAAAUGUAUAAAAGCUGACACGCUUUGCUAAUUAAACAAAAUAAUUUGCGGGAGCUCUAUGAAUUGAAUUAUUGCACCUGAUUUAAGAUCCUGCAUUCUGAAAUCAACUAUAAAACACUACUACAAACACAAUACUUAUGGCUGAUUUGGUCUAUGUAAAAAUGCCAGAGCCGAAAAAGAAGGGAUAUAACUGUAACACAAGGGCAUAUAACGACAUGUUCCAUUGUACGACGUUCACAGUUUAAACAUAAUAAUAUAUUCGGAUUGAUUUCUAAUAUCACAGUAUUAAUGUUUAAUGUAAAUUUGGAGUUAAGAGUCAUUGAAGCACUGUUGCAUUUCUCCUUUUUAAUUAGUUUUGGACAGCCCGAAUAGUUAAUACUGUUAAUGCUAUUUUUUACUGUUUCCUUUGUUUAUCGCAGGCGUCAUAGAAGGUCACUCGUUAGCAAGAAGCUAAACGUUCUAAUCAUGUGGCAGCGAUGUACAUACUAACUAGGCAAUCCUACUUACCAACUGUUAAUCAAGUGUUUCCCACUUACGUUACGAAAGAUAUAUCCCACUAAAAACUGUCGGCGUUCGCUAACAUUUUCAACGAAAUUUCAAACGAAGUUUAAACAAGGCGGAAGAACACUAUUUAGUGAUUAAAAAAAAUAUUUAUA